AUGUACACAAUCGACUUUGUAAACGAGGAAAAGUACGUCCGGAGGGUGGGAGAUUUGUGCGGGGAGUACUAUGUGCCUUUCGCACUGCCAGGAAGGUACAAGUGCAAUGUGGAAGACAUAGAAAAUGUGCUGCACAUGUGGAUGAGCAAAAGUAGUAAAAUAAAAGAUAAGGAAGGAAAGGAUGGUGAGAACGGGCUACUGUUAUUUGCAUCCAUAUUUAGAGAAACCAAUUUUUCUUUAAUUUUGUCCAAGUCAAGAUAUGAACAGAAUGUAUGUGUGUGGAAAAUAUUAUGGUGUGCAUGGAAGUACAUAUUUAAACAAACAUUUGAAAAAGAUGACAAUAAAUAUAUGCAAAAGUACGAAGCAGACAUUAUUCGGUUUCAAGCUGGUUGUAUUUAUCUCCUAUUUUUACUAUACUAUAGUCAACACGUUGAAGAAAAUAAUUUUCCCUACCCCUUGUACAUGUCGCCGCGCAUAAUGAAUCUCUGUUUGGACGUGACAGAAGAAUGCGAAAGGAUGUGUGUGUACAAUGACUUGAGGAAUAUUUUAAAUUUUAUGGUAGACUCCAAUUCUAUCAUCUUAAGUUGUAAUGAUGGCUUUGAUGGGGAUUUCCAGGACCGGUAUGGCGCCCCUCUGUACAUUGACAAAGGGAAAUUGGGGGUUGAAAAUUGCGCAGAAAUUAAUGAUGUGGAUUUGCCCUCCUACUUUGCACACUUCCAGGCGGAGAUGAAGGAUCUGUGUGAGUUGUGCGACAAGCAGAGGAGGAAGGGCACCCUGAGCAACACGUCUGCGCACAGCCUGCGUGCCAAGUUUGAGCUCGUAAGGCGGGCGCUCAUGGAGGACGACUUGGUGUAG